AUGUUCUCGAAGGUCACCAGUCGCGCCAAGCGUCAUUCCGUUCAGGAAAUCCCUAGCGUUCAGAGAACGGAACCGCUGCCUAAACCCGUCGAUACGGCGCCUGAACUCCUUCGUUGGAGCGAUUUCGCCUAUCCCUUUCCUCCAGUCGCUUUCGGCGGCUAUGUCAAGUACUACAGGACACGUACGAUGGCCCAACAACCACAAGCGCCUACCUUUUGUCCAACCCUCUCCCAACACCCCGAACCCUCACCAUCCCGCCUCACUCCUGCGACAUCUCCUCUAUUCUUCGUCCCACCAAAGCGCUGCCUAUCCGUCAUUCCUGAAGCUUCCAUGGAGUCCAUGACCCCGAGAAAAACACGCAAUCUCUCCAUUACGACCAGCAACAGCCCCGCUAUGUCACUUCGACGCAGGAGGCGGCGAUUACUCCGGACCCCGAGUAUUGAGCGGGACUUUGCCGUCCAUGCUCGAUGCCUGUUCGCCCCAAGCAUCUCGGCGAGCGAGAGCGGAUCAAGCAGGGGCUCAUCGCUAUCACACGCCAGCGCCGGCUUCACACAUUCACCAUCGCCUUCAUCCGACAGCAGUUCCCAAUGCGAUUCGAGCCAAUCCGACUCUACCCACUCCGGGUACCCGAUAACACCAACGACGAGUAUCGAGGGAGAGAUUGAGCAUGUGAAUAUUUUUGGAGAGGCCCAGCUGGGUACCGAUCUACCUCAGUUGGGGUUGGAGGAGUUCGGGUGCUCUACAUCAUUCGACCUUAUGCCGAAACGGCCGGAGAGCUGGUCGUCUUUCAGUACUGCCAUGAGCUCGUUCAGUGAUUGA